AUGCCUUACUCAACGAAAGCAAUGAAGAAGCUGGAGCACAGAUCCCUCAUCACAGCACCGAACAACUUGACAUAUUCGUACUACCUCUCCCCCAACUUCUCCCAGAAGCUAUCCAAAGAUGUCCCCACCCUCAUGUUCGUCCACGGCUAUCCAGAUGACGCCUACAUGUGGGCAGGCGCCAUCCCUACCUUCCUCGAAAUGCCCUACCCAUUCCUCGUGCUGGACCUGCUAGGUUUCGGCCACAGCUCUAAACCCGUCGAGACGAAGAAUUACAACUACAAAGCCAUGGCAGACUCCAUAUCGCAAAUCCUCGAUAAGGAGAAAGUGCCGAAUAGUGUUAUUCCUAUCGGCCACGACUGGGGCAGCGCAACCUCCCAACGCUUCUACCUCUACCACAAAUCCCGCUGCAUCGGCCUCUCCCUCCUCUCCCUAGCCUACCAAGUCCCCUCCCCCACCGCCUUCGACCUCGCAACAGCCAACGCCGACACCACGAAACGCUUCGGGUACCCGCAAUGGGAGUACUGGAACUUCUUCACAGCACCGAACGCCGCUGAACUAAUGCGGCAUAACAUGGAGCGCUUCUUCGAAGUCAACCACGGAAACUUCCCCUCGCCGAACAAGGAGACUGACAAUAGCCCGAAAUCGGGCCCGCUCGCGACGAAGGGAGAUGAGCCGGGGAGGGAUAUUUGGAUGAGGGAGAUGUUUGAUACGGGGGAUGGGACGGUGGAGGGGAAUGCGAUGUAUCAGUACGUCACGCAGACGGGUGCGUGGAAAGGGAGGAUUGUGGAGUUGAAGGAGUAUGCGAAGAAUGACCCAUCCAUCUUUGAGAGGUUCCGGGAGAGGAUGAGUCGCGAUGGGUUCGAAGGUCCGGUGCAGUAUUAUCACAGUCUGAAGAAUAAUACUAUGCUGGAGGAUGAGAGGGCGUUGUGUGAGAAGGAGGAGAACAAGAAGAUUGAGGUGCCGUUGCUUUAUAUUGGGCAGACGGGGGACUGGGUUUGUAGGGUUGAUUUGAUGGGUGACGCGGUGCAGCAGGGACUUGUGGGGGAUUUGGAGGAGAGGGUGGUGGAUGCGGGGCAUUGGUGUUUGUAUGAGAAGCCGGAGGAGAUUGCGGCGAAUAUUAAGGAGUGGCUUGAAAGAAGAUUUCCCGUGAAGAAGUAG